UUGAGUUUCGGUUAAGAAGAAAAACAAGCCGCGCGCGAGACGCUUCACGCUCGCGAGAAAACUACGGUGUUUGCUACAGAUAGCCGCUGACUACUCGGAAUCGCGUUUUUCGUUUCAAGCAUUCGGACGUGUUUUUGCAAUAAACGCACGUUUAUUUCACAGCUGUUGAGUUUCGAAACGUUUCUGUUUUGAACUCGCUCGAGGAGGGUCGAGCGAUACAGAGGUUUGUUCGAAAUCGCUCAUCUUACUGUUGUAUCAAGUCUCUUUUGACGGUUUGAUCAUGAAGGAGGCCAACCCUGGGCAUCGCAGUGAGGGCAUGAGGCUCAUCUUUGAUCAGAAGGCUCCAUCCGGUCGCAGCUCCUCUCGCUCCAGCAGCAGCAGCAGCGACAGCUCGUACUCCAGCAGCAGGGGGAGCCGCUUUUCCCGCAGGUCACGGAGCGUUUCACGGAGCUCAUCUUCUGACAGCGGCUCUUCCUCACCCGCACGCUCUCGCUCACGUUCCCGCUCUCAUCCACGCUGCUCGGGCCGCUUACACUGCCGUCACAGACGCGAUUCUCCUCCUCGCCGUUACCGGGCUCGCUCUCGCUCUUACAGCCCUUCUCCUGAGCGUUCCUCCCACCGCAGACGCUACCAUCGUCGCAGUCGCUCUCCAUCGCCCUAUAGCUACUCCAGGCGUUACAGGCGUUCUCCGUCGCGGCCUCGCUCUCGCAGUCGUUCCCCGGUUUGCUGGAGGGGAAGCAGGUUCGUGGGGAGGUACAGGUGCCGUUUCUCCCGCUCACCCAGGUCCUCCACAGAUUACAGAAGCCGGUCUCGCAGCCGUGAACGCUCUGCAGUCUGCCUCAGCCUUGAGGAGAAGAAGUAUCUGUUAAAUGUGGCCAAAGCAAAUGCCACCAGGAUUCUGGGAGUGCAGAACUUAGAGCUGCCAGCUAGCCUGAAGGACCUGGAGGAGGAGGAGGAGGAGAGGAGAUCUUCAUCAGAUAAAGAGGAAAGGGUGAGCGCUGACCGGGCAUCACAGAAGACACCAGCACAGACGGGAAUGAUUUUACCUGAUGGAUUUAAUGGAAUGAUGAACAGCACUUGUCCGGAAUAGAGCUGAAAUUCCUCCGCCCUUUGGACAAAGAGGGAGAGAGGGGGAAGUCACAUGACUUGAAUGACACCAGCUUUAAGUCUUAUGUGCACAACUUCAAAGGUUAAGUAAUUGUGUACGAUGUCAGCGGUGGCACUGUGUCGAACAGAAACUGACCAAAUGCAUUUGUGUGACUCACUUCACACUUAACACUUUCGGCCACAACACUGCACAUAUGUGGAAAGGAUUGGGGUCAGUAGAAUUUAUUUUUUAUUCAUAAAAAGGACUUUUGAAUUGAUCAAAAGUCACAGUAAAGCCAUUUAUACUGUUGAAAAUAAAUGCUAUUCUUUAAACUCUCUAUUCAAAUAAUCCUAAGAAAGGUAUAAUGAUUUUCACAAAAAUAUGAAGCACCAAACUGUUCAAUACUGAUGAGUUUUGAGAAAUGUUUUUGGAACACCAAAUUAGCAUAUGAGAAUGAUUUCUGAAGGAUCAUGUGAUACUGAAGUAGCUGCUGAAAGCUGAAAAUUCAGCUUUGCAUCACAGGAAUAAACAUAAAAAUUGUCUUUAAGUAGAAAAGGGUUAUUUCAAAUUGUUUUUGCAGCAUUUUAGAUCAAAUAAAUGCAGCCUUAUUGAGUAUGAGCCUUAAAAACUAUAAAAAAAAAAUUAAAUCAUACUGAUCCCAAACUCUUGAAUGAUAGUGUAUCAUUACAGCUGUUAGAACUACAGGAAAUGAUUUAUGUUUGCUGAUAGUUAAACUGGGUUGCGUUGUCAUUUACCAGAGUUUUCUUCUGUUCAUCACGUGUGAAGACCAGAGAGCUCACUCUACAGUGAUGGAUGGGGUUUGGAAAAAAUACUGUCUUAUUAAUUAUUACUAUUAUUAUUUAUUUAGUUUAUUUAUUUUUGGGGGGCUUUGUUCAUGCAUCAAAAAUCUUGUUGUUUUUGGUCCAUUUCAGAGCCGUUUAAUAUGAAAGAUUACUUCUGCCACAUAAUUAAAAAAAUAAAAUAAAUGCAUGUAAUUCUGAGAUUCUUACAAA